UUUCCAGAAUACUGCUAGGGAUAGUCGCACUGGAUCCAGCAGUCAGCAUUGGAUCACUUACGGUGUUUCGAGCACCAUGGUGACAUUUACAGGGGCGUGGAUUCCUCGUACAUUUAUGCUCAUGCUGUAGUGACCUGGUCCAUUUGCAGUGUCUUAGUUGUGUCUUGCACAUAAAUGAAAUGAUUCGUUCAUGCAUUCAUGUUUUGUUUUUCUUUAUGCUUAUUUUAAGACUAAAUAGAAUCCUUUUUUUUGGACUGAAGUUUCACCUUCCUGUUUCUAAUUCAAAAUGACAUGAGUCAUCUCGGUCUGAAUGGCAGUGUGCCAUGCUCUGCGCUCACUCGAAUACCGCUGGAGUCUUCUUUUUCCCUUCUGCAGUGCUUUUCCCUCAUUCAUAAUUACGAAUCAAGCCAGCACAUUCAAAAUACUUAAAGCUGUAAAUCACCUGAGAACAAUUUACAGCCUAUGUUGGGUGCUUAUCUUUCUCUCACAGCUAAUCCUGGGCUUGAAUUGCUUCAGAAUUUUUUUUUCUUUUUUUUCGCUCUCCUUGUUGCCAUCCUGAGAAGCGCUGAGCUGUGAAAGGCCAAAAGCCAUCACCGGAAUAAAGCCACCUCGCUUUGCUUCUGCACCGAGACACCCGUCAUAGCAGACCAAUCGGCUAGCUCUGGGGGCGGAGCUUCCACCGUCACUAUCUGUGUGUCCUUUUUUUUUCUUCUUUCAUCUGUCUAGUUAUGCUGUUUAUUCUCAAUGAAGACACUGCCUGAGGCUACGGACUUAGGUGUGCCUCCUUGGAGCGCUUUCUCUGGUGUUUUUCUUUCUCUGCUCUCUGUGCGCCGAGCAAAUUUGUGCUGGAAGGGAUUGUGAGUGUGUAGCGAGCGCAUAUAAAGGAGCAUGAGCAAGAAACGGAGCGGGUGAUGACGGCUGAAGAGAUGCUGUCAGCUCCCUUCUGCAAGAUUUAUUGAGGAGGUCCCUGGAGCUGAAUGGAGAAAGAAAGAAGCGUGUGUGUACUUUGGGGAAAGUGAGAGAAACAGGGAGAUCUUCAAGAGUGGGGAAAAAAGCAUGAGUGAAGUGUAGAGGAGUUAAAAUAUCAACGUCUAACAAGAGUCAGAUGAUUCCUAUUAGACCGAGAAGGAGGUAGAAAGGGGUUGGAGAAGGGAGGUCAUGUUUACAGAGUACAGAGAGAGAAGUGUGUUUCUUUUUCUCUCAGGAAGCAGGUGUGACUGUGCUGACGAAGCCUCCUCUUAGUGUGUCAGUAGCACUCAGCGCACACGCAAAGGAUCACUCCAGUGGUAGAAACCGAGAGAGACGGUGCACUGCUGGAAGGUAGCUUGAUCACCAGACUGAAAAUUAGCCUGGAGACUUGCAUGACACAAUUUUAACAGAGAAGAAGAAUCAGUGAGUACGACACAGAGAAAUUGUACCAGCUCCAACAGCCACAUCCAUCAACAUGUCAUCAAACGAGCUGAGCGCCCCAGACCCAGAGCCCUGCAUCCGCACCUUCAAGGAGCAUAUGCGUCUGGAACUGGAGCCUCCCAGACUCGCUACAUCUCCCAAAGUGUCCCCUCGCAGCUCCCCGCGUCUCUUCCGCAGACUCAUGGUCAACAAGGGUGGCCGCCACCGACGACGCUUCACUGUCGCACACACAUGUUUCGAUGUGGAGAAUGGGCCGUCUGCAGGAUGCAGUCCUCUGGAUCCACAGGCCUCCCCAGGCUCGGGGCUCAUCCUGCACCCCAACUUCUCCCAAACCGGACACAACCAGCGGCGAGAGUCCUUCUUGUACCGCUCAGACAGCGACUACGACCUCUCGCCCAAAUCCAUGUCCCGCAACUCUUCUGUUGCCUCGGAGAUGCAUGGGGAUGACCUAAUCGUCACACCUUUCGCUCAGGUUCUGGCUAGCCUUCGAAGUGUCAGAAACAAUUUCACAGUGCUGACUAAUGUACAGUGUACAUCAAACAAGAGAUCACCGGCUACCACACAGCCCUCCCUCACCAGAGUCUGCCUGUCUGACGAGUCGUACCAGAAGCUGGCCGUGGAGACCAUGGAGGAGCUGGACUGGUGCCUGGAUCAACUCGAGACCAUCCAGACCUACAGGUCCGUCAGCGACAUGGCCUCCAACAAGUUCAAGAGAAUGCUGAACAGGGAGCUGACGCACCUUUCCGAGAUGAGCAGAUCUGGCAACCAGGUGUCAGAGUUCAUCUCCAACACCUUCCUAGACAAACAGAAUGAGGUGGAGAUUCCUCCACCCACACCAAAGGCUCGGGAGAAGAAGAAGAAGCAGCAGCUGAUGACUCAGAUCAGCGGCGUGAAGAAGGUGUCUCACGGGCCCAGUCUCAACAGCGGCAUCACCCGCUUCGGUGUCAAAACUGACAAGGAAGAGCUGCUGUCUAAGGAAUUAGAAGAUCUGAACAAGUGGGGCCUGAACAUCUUUACUGUGUCAGAAUAUUCCAACAAUCGUCCUCUAACGUGCAUCAUGUACGCCAUCUUCCAGGAACGAGACUUGCUCAAGACGUUUAAGAUCCCAACAGACACGUUUGUGACGUAUAUGAUGACGCUGGAGGAUCACUACCACUUGGAUGUAGCCUACCACAACAGUCUUCAUGCUGCGGACGUGGCCCAAUCCACACAUAUUCUCCUGUCCACACCUGCACUAGAUGCUGUCUUUACUGAUCUGGAGAUCCUGGCUGCUAUUUUUGCAGCAGCCAUCCAUGAUGUGGAUCAUCCUGGUGUUUCCAACCAGUUCCUCAUCAACACAAAUUCUGAGCUGGCGCUCAUGUAUAAUGAUGAGUCUGUGCUGGAGAACCACCACCUAGCUGUAGGCUUCAAGCUCCUUCAGGAGGAAAACUGUGAUAUCUUCCAGAACAUCACAAAGAAACAGAGGCAAUCGCUCAGGAAGAUGGUCAUCGACAUGGUACUUGCAACAGAUAUGUCUAAACAUAUGAGCUUACUAGCCGAUCUGAAGACGAUGGUGGAGACAAAGAAAGUUACCAGUUCAGGGGUGCUGCUUCUGGACAACUACACAGACAGGAUACAGGUUCUUCGAAAUAUGGUGCACUGCGCUGAUCUGAGCAACCCCACAAAGUCUCUGGAGCUGUAUCGGCAGUGGACGGACCGCAUCAUGGAGGAGUUCUUCCACCAGGGCGACCGGGAGAGAGAGCGUGGCAUGGAGAUCAGCCCCAUGUGUGACAAACACACAGCUUCCGUAGAAAAAUCACAGGUUGGUUUUAUUGACUAUAUUGUCCAUCCGCUAUGGGAGACCUGGGCUGACCUGGUCCACCCUGAUGCGCAGGAUAUCCUGGACACACUGGAGGACAAUCGGAACUGGUACCAGAGCAUGAUUCCUCAGAGUCCAUCUCCACCCUUCUACCAGCCCGAAAAAGAGGGACACGGUGGAGGACCAGUGGCUGACAAGUUCCAAUUCGAGCUCACCCUGGAGGAGGAGGACUCAGAAGGCACAGAAAAAGAUGAACAGAGUCAGGGAGAUGAGGAGGAGGAAGAAGAAGCAGAGGAGGAAGAUCGAGAGGAGGAGAUGGAGCCGGCGACCACACACAUCCAGAUCGUAACUGAAGACGCCUCACCGGUGGAUACAUAGGACCUCAUAGCCCAUUUUAAUGGCUAGUAACCAUUUUUCCCCCUCACAAUCUGGCAGUUGAUGCUUUUUAACGAAGCCCAGAGAGAGAGAGCGUUUUUUGGCCCUCUUGGGAGGAGCAUGACUGGCCCUCCUUGCACUUAAGUUUGGAGCCAGUUGGGUUGGAGCUCUCAGGAAAUAAAUGCUGCAGACAUUUUUUUUUUGGAGCUGAAUGACUGACGGGUGACUCUAAGAUACAGGAAGGAUUGGGGCCAAUCAUAGAUUUGUGUUUGUCUAGUAGGCGAACAUUUAUGGAGUUGACACUACUGAGAGAUUUUUUUGUACCAAAUGACUUUUUUUCUAAAGCUAUCGGGAUAAGUCGGGGUAGCAUACGAACUACUGAUGAACAAGUAUUUGUAAAGAAAGAAACUGUUUACUUUUCUGUACCAUUUGUCUAAAGACUUUGUGUGCCUUUUUUACUAUUGUCUUUUUAAUGGUCUUUUUUAUUUAUUGAACACACUUUAGUAUAACUGUACAUGGAAAAGUUUUUUUUUUUCUUUUCUAAAGGCAAACCAGACAGCUUACACGCAGAGUCGUUUUCUAUAAACCGAAGAGAAAACUCAGUGUCUUCCUUUAUAUUUGGCAAUAGAACGAAAUAAUCCAAAUGUCUGAAAUGUAUAUUCCAGUCAAAGAUGCACUUUGUCAUUGUUUUUUAUACUCGUCCAGUUCUUUUGGUCUUGUUUAGUUGUGAAUUUGCUAUGAGCUCAUUUUGUGUAUAUAUACACAAAUUCACAAUAAGCAUUCGAGCAUAAUGACGAUUUGAAAUUUGGCAAAUUUAAAUCAAAUGCACUUAGACAAAGAUUUCAGAGCUCCUGAAUAUACUGAUUGGAUAUAACCAACUGAAUCUAUAUUCAGUUUUUCUCAAUAGAAACACCCCCCCCCCCCCCCAGUACUUUUUACAAAAUGAGGUCAAAAUUUUUUUCCUUCAGCUUCCAUUCAUUAACACCAGUUCUCACAGAAAGCAUUCUUCAAGGAGUUUCUCACAGAAUACAUUUUCUGUGGGUUAUGCUGUCAUGAUUUAAUUUUGGAAUCUCACUAAAACAAAGAAAUUAGUAAAAAAAAAAUAAUAAUAAUAAAAAAGUAAAUAAAUAAACAGUUCUAGCUUUAAACCUUUUGAACCCCAAUACAGUUUAUUUAAAGCAUAAAUCUACUUUACACCUGCAUUAGACCACUCAAUUAGACCACAUUAUACAUGUUAUUGUCCUGUUUAUCACCAGUAGGUAUAUUUCAUGGCCAAAGUAGCGUGUGUGUGUGUGUGUGUGUGUGUGUGUGUGUGUGUGUGUGUGUGUGUGUGUGUGUGUGUGUGCGCACAGUUCUUUCUCUUCUAUCAUCUACCCAUGCUUUUUUUUUCCCCCCACCUCCUGUGUUUGCUUUGUUUAUAUUAGCUGAAGUCGGUCCUUUGCUGUUUAUAACAGUGUAUUUAUUACCUUUUGUAAAUACGGAAUGAUAUUUCUUUGUAAAUUUAUUUUUAAUUUAUAUGCACUUGCAUUACCGACAUUUGGUGGUGUUUUUUUGUGUAGUGGGCUCUUGGAUUGAGUCUGUUAUAUUUUGUAAUUUUUUGUUUGUUUGUUUGUUUUAAAUAUUGCUGAAUAAAUAUAUAUA